GUCUCUGCAGUCUUCUUUCUCAUCCCGCCUGCGUGUGUACGCCGCAUCCAUACCAAGAUCCCCGCACUCAUUUAGCUCAUGUUCCCGCACCUUUUCGCCGGUUCUAAUUACAUAACUGCCUCAUUGAAGAAGGGGCUACCAUCUCAGCGUUUUUAACGGAGGUGUAGCCUUCCACCCCGUUCUUCUUUGUGUGCCACGGAAACCCUGAGCCAAGCCGAGCCAAGAUGUCAGGCACUGACUCCUCCUUGCCGACAGACUCCCAGCUGCCUUUGACAUCCCCACGCACUCCCCUGCAGCUUUCCUUCCCUUUCCUGAGGGAAGGCAGCCGUGUUUGGGAGAGGGAGAGAAAACCACCUCAGCAUGGAGAGCUACCCAGCCCACUGCCAACAAAACGCACCCGCACAUACUCAGCGACAGUACGAGCAAGAUCAGGUCCCGUAUUUAAGGGUGUGUGUAAAAACUUUUCCAGGUCUCAGGGUCAUGGAUUCAUCCGUCCUUCUCAUGGAGGAGAGGACAUCUUUGUUCACAUUUCUGACAUUGAAGGGGAGUACGUGCCUAUGGAAGGAGACGAGGUCACAUACAAGGUGUGCCCAAUCCCUCCCAAGAACCAGAAGGUCCAGGCGGUGGAAGUGGUCAUCACCCACCUAAAGCCAGGCACCAAGCAUGAGACCUGGUCAGGUCAGGUCAUCAGCUCCUAGACCAGUGCUUCGGGUAUCACAUCUGGAAAGUAAAGGGGGAUUAGGGUUGUUAUUUUAAGUUUUAUAUUUUGUGGUGUAAGAGAUGGGAUCAGGCAUGGGGCAAUUUGAGCCCCCCGAGAGGUGAAAAUGGGGCCACAGAUGUCUUGAUAUGGAAGGCGAAGUAUAUGGUUUGGCUUGAAAUUAAGCAUUGAAUGUAUCUGCUUGAAUGUUUUUCUGUGAAGGUUAUGGGGUCGUCAUUUGGAUUUAAAUGUUUUAGAUCAAAACCUUUGGUUCAGAAAGUAACACUACAAACAUUUCUUUUAAUUUCACCUUGAUAGGAUGUCUGUUAGUUGGUCAGUGGAACCCUGUGACCUAUAAUUUGAAGGGACCAGCUUGUUGGAGCUAUCUACUUUACUUUCAUGCUCUAAACUGGUGCACACUGUGCAAAGAAAAAAAAUAUACACUAUAUUUAACCCGGUUCUUUCUGUUAACAUAGCAACAGACAGAGAGUGUUUUAGGGAGAGAAAAUGGUAGCUGUUCACACUGACACUUUUUUCUAACAUUACAGGAACAUGUUUAUAAAUCAAAGCCUUAUUCUAGUUGUUAAACCACCGACUUAGUGUAUUCUACAAGCAGUUAAGUUUUACAUUCUGUUUGUUCUAAAGAUGUUUUGGUCUCAGCAGCUGUGUCAAGGUCUACAGUUUAGGGAUUUGGUUCCUUUCCGGUAUUGUAGCACUUUUUGUCAACUAUGUAAAGGUGGAAUGCAGUAUUAUUGUAGCCAGUUCCUAUGACGGUCUUAAGUUUUCUGUGGCUGGAAAACUAGGUCAGAGGAUUUAGGUUUGGGGAAGAAACAUGAGGAUGGUAAGAGGAGCCUAGGCAAGGGCAGAGGAUGGAGCGAUAACCUUUAGAUCUAUAUGAGCAGUGAUGCAGCUAGAUAGGAAAUGUAAGGAAGGAAGAUGAAGAUUAAAGUCAGCAGAUUCCAAUAAUAUUUUACCACCUAACGCUGAACUUUAAAGAAAUUGUUUGAGAUUUUGAAGAAAUAUAAACAUUUGUGGAGGCAGUUAGUUUGGCGUCCUCAUGGCUUAGCAGAAGCUUUAGCUUGUUAGCUUAGUUUAACAUGAAAAAUUUAUAUUUAAAACUAAAAAAUAUUUAAAACAAAAAAAUAAAUAAAUUUAUAUUUAAAACUAAAAAAUAUUGUAAACAAAAAAAUAUACCAUAAUGUCAAUUCUUUAAUUGGUCAAAUAAAACAUUUAAGCUAAGCUACCUAGCUGGAAAUCUAGGUUAAAAUGAGGUUCAAAUGGAAAAUGCCUUUUCUGUACGUCAGACACAUUAACAUAUGCAUGAAAGUAAAAAAAAAAAUCAUCAUGAAGCAAAAAAUUAUAUUGCAGAUUAAGCUAAAUUAAGCAACUGAAAUCAGAAUAGUUUAUGUACAACAUCCUAUGGCAAUGUGCAUUGUUCAAAAAACGUUAAGGAUAUUCGGCCUUUGGGUUAAAUAUCAGGUUGAACCUAAAAUGCACUAUAACCUUUACAGGUGAACUUCAUGUGACCUUAUGUAAACUUUUGUAUGCACAUGUCUAACUCUUCAACUUUUAAGUACCUUUUGCACAACUUGCUGUUCUCUAACAAGGAGCAAAAUUCACAAAAGUUGUUUGAAUCAUGAAUUGACCAAUACAUUUCCUGGUUCAGUCAGAAUUGGUAGUUGAACAGUCCUCCUCAUCAUGCUGUUCACAUUUUGACAUCAUGAGACCAAGACGACACCUAACAGUUGAUCAACAGUACCUCGCCAUUGCGAGGCUUCAAACAGGAUGUUCUCAGACAGAAGUGGCCAAUGAGCUUAGAGUGUCACAGAGUUUCAUCAGCAGCUUGCAAUAGAGAUAGAGAGACUGCAAGAGUCACAACUCCAUUUAACUCCAGCUCCAUCAGGCACCAUUGCUAUACAUUCAGUCAUGUCGACAAAACCAUGGUGUUCCGAUGUGGGAUAAGCAUGCAUCUUUUACAAAAAGGGUUGUAGCGCCCUUAUUUCCUAUUUGAUUUUUAUAAAAUAUGGCUCAAAGUAAAGCUGAGACAAUUGCAGAUGUUAUGAUACAUUGAAAGAUGUAUUCCCUAAACAUAAACCUAUAAGCAGUGUGGGAACUGUGCAUUACAGUGUUGACAGGUUUACCUACAUUUAUGCCAAGCGUAACAAAUAUUUUGUUUAGCGAAUUAGUAUCUUUGCAAAGACCAUGUUGGAACACAGUGAGGUGGGGGUUCAGCAUCAGUUGGUGAAGCUAACUUCUUGUUUAGUUGUGCUCACCACUGGCUGUCCGUGCUGCUCACUCAGGUAUCUGACUGAAGCUCCUAAACGCCCCCUCCUUUCUUUUUCUGAGGUUGUCUGUCACAGCAGAACAGAGACACACACACAGAGACAACCAAAGAGGAAAGGAGGAGCAGAGAGUGAGAGGAUAGAAAAUAGAAAAGCACUGGCAGCUGAUGCAGCAACGUGCUGUAAAUUAAUACUUGUUCGUAAGGGAGCAGGUAAGACAUAACACUAGUAGCGAAGACUGAAAACGCUAACAUUGCCUUUUCACCGGAACUAGCAUUAUGAGGAAGUGAGUUCCACUUUGAGAAACCUAAAGGGGCCAAAACAAACUUAAUAAAACCAAUCUUAAGCUUUUACAAAAUAUAUUACACAUUUUAGAAUAUGGUUUAAUAAACAGAAUCUGGAAAAAAAUGUUUACUGCAAAAAUGUCCUGGAAUUCAGAUUGUGUGUACCUGUCAUAAACUCCACUAAUAAAUUACUGUACAGAAAUAUUGAAAUCCACACAUUAUAUUAUUUUUUAACCUUUAUUUAAACAGGUAAAAUGUUUAGUUUUAGUAUUUUAAACACUGUACUACUUUUUGUGGCAUAUCUGUACAUCGCUUAUUUUUUCCAGAAUUUUCCACAAAUUACAUUUCAUGACAAUUAUAUCAAUUAUAUCAACUUAAAGUGUGAAACCAAUAUGUUAUUCUACUCAUAGAACAUUUUUAACCUGAAAAAGGACCAGUUUUGUGUACUUCUGACACUGCUUCUGCAGCAGUCCGGACUCAAUGCACAGCAACGGUGCAUGUGUGUCAUGCAAUAGUCAAAUGGUGGCCAAUCCAGUAAUAUAUAUCAAUGGGCCUGAACUUGCUUCAGACCUAAAUCCCAUUGAAAUACUAUGGGAUCAGCUGAGUCAUCAUCCAAAGGCCUGUAACUCUGUACCCCAGAACCUCGUUGACAUGAGGGCCGCCAUUCAAGAAGAGUGGGAUGCCUCAGCAGACAAUAAGUCGACUUGUGAACAACAUGAGACGUCAUUGUCAAGCUGUGAUUGAUGCUCGAGGGCACAUGACAUGUUAUUGAGACAUUUACAUUUCUUGUUGUGGAAUCCUCACCACUGUUUGCUUUUGUUUCAAUGAAGUAUUUAAGAUUAGGAAAUUAUCAUUGCAUGCCUAAAAACCUACCUAAAAACCCUACUUUCAUGACAUAAUAUCACUGUAGCAUGACCUUUUUAUGUUUUUCAUAAAUUUCACCUAAAAGCCAAAUAUCCCUAACUUUUUGUGAGUAGUGUAGCAAAAUGUUGCCUAUUAUGAACAUCAGACACAUUAACUUAACUUAGAACUCUGUCAAUAUCAUUUUGAUUUGAUUGAAACUGAUCAUAAUGUUGAAUCUUUAAUUGGUUAAAGAAAACAGCUAAGCUAACUAACCACCAGCUUUUUACACAGACAAGUGACAGUAAAUUGUGGUUCUUCAGCAAAUUGGAAACAAAUAUGUAUACAUUUAUAUUUAAAACUCUAAAAAUAUAAUUUGCUAUCUAAAACUGAGCAUAGUGCUUGUAAUUUAAUUAGUAAAGCAAAUAACAACACAGUUAAGCUAUGCUAAUUAGCUGCUAAAUGUAGCAUAUAUUGAACAGACAUAAAAACUGUUAUUUUUGUUUAGUUCUUGCCAAGUAAGCAAAUAAGCAUAUUUCAUGAAAUGCUAAACUAGUUUUGACACAUUGUUACUGCAGCUGUUCUGGCUGCUCCUGAUUUUCUUUCAGCCACAUUGUUACAACAUCGGCUGCAUCCUGUUUUUUCUAAAUGGUUAGAAUAAUAAAAAUAUAGUCAACAGAAGAAGAAACAAAUUUAACUUAGGUAAAAAUUUAAACACUUGAGUUUAAAGUUUCUUAUGUCACACAAGGACUGAGAAACAGACAGAAAAACAGCUAAAGUUCCAGAUGUAAGUUUGAAAUAUUUAUUUAUGUACUUAUUUAUUUUCAUUUGUAACUAUGAAAACAACGGUGUUUAGCUAUUAAACACGGUAUUUCUAUGUAUUUGUGUAAUUGUAAGCAGUUUAAACACUGUAAACCUCACUCUGAUGUUAAAAUCCCUUUACUACUGUAGUGUCAUCUUAGAAGGGAAAAAAAACUCAAACCAAGUUUCUAAUUUCUACUUUGUCUUUGUCUAAUUUUUAAUAACUAAAUGAUGUCCGAAUUACCAUGCAGACUUUUGCCAAGUUGUUUACAGGUUAUUGUAUUUUUUGUGGAUAAUGUGCUAAUUUAGUUUCAUAAUGCAGUAACACAGGUAAAGCUUUUAAAGGGAGUUGUCGUCUCAUCUUCUAUGCAUCCUAGAUUUCUCACUAUUAGUGUGACAUUAUACCAUAGCACUCCCUUUCUGUUAGACUGCUUUACUGAGAGAAACAAAUUCAAAUGUGUUUUGGAGCACUUUUAUUUUUGUCAGAUCACUGUGAUACUUGUUUCUUGUUUAAACGUUUCAAUAAAGCUUACAGAUGUACACACAGAA